AUGUCGACGUCCAAGAUGCAAGUCAAGAUAAUUUCCGAUGAGUGCAUCAAACCCUCUUCCCCAACACCCCAACACCUGAGAACCCACAAGCUCUCCCUUUUAGACCAGUUCAUUCCCUCCAUCUAUGUACCCAUGAUCCUCUUCUUUAACCCCUCGUCCUCCAUUCACCCCAUUAAUAUUAAUAUUACUACUCCAAUGAGGUCCCAACUGCUAAAGCAAUCCCUCUCAGAAACCUUGACUCACUUUCACCCACUUGCCGGUAGAAUUAGAGAUAGUCUUUCUAUUGAUUGCAAUGACGAGCGGGCUCGUUACAUAGAGGCCGAAGUUGACUCCAAUCUCUCCCAGUUUCUCAACCAUCCUGAUCUCUCAUUCAUCAGUCAGUUCCUUCCCGGUGAGGCUAGUUGGCACGAAGCAGCUCCCGGAGCUCAUGUAGCUAUGAUGCAAAUCACCAACUUUGCAUGCGGCGGUUUCGUUCUGGGUGCCUUUGUCUCACAUAUGGUUGUUGAUGGAACCGCUUUGAGCGCCUUCUUCAAAGCUUGGGCCGCUGCAACAUUUCGCUACAUAGCGACUCCUAACACUCCUCAUUAUAUUUAUACCAAGGGUAAGUUUGAUGCACCAUCUUUGUUUCCCCAAAAUGAUGCAUACCCAAGAGAAGCGACUAUGAUGGCUUUGUACUACCGCUUCCUGAAAGUGGGAAACUGUGUUACAAGGAGAAUUGUAUUUGAUGCUCCUGCUCUGGCCACACUCAAGAGAAAAGCAGCCAGCUCAACGGUGCCAAAUCCAACGCGUGUGGAGGUUGUCACGGCACUCAUCUGGAAGCACAUUAUGGCUGCCUUUAACUUGAAGACCGAACGUAAUAUUGUUCAGAACCGAAGCACAACUCUGAUAACACACGCUGUGAAUUUGCGUCGAAGAGCUGUGCCACCAUUUUCCGAAUACACUAUGGGAAAUUUUCUGUCCAUGGCAGCCGCACUGUCACAAUGCAGUACUGAAGAUAAUUAUCAAAAGGAGGACAACUUAGCUCAUGUUGAUGAUGAUCGUGAUCAUGAGUUGGGUAGGUUGGCGAAGCAUGUGAGGGAAGCAAUAAGCAAACUUGAUGGUGAUUUUGUACAAAGCCUACAAGGAGAUGGGACUAGAGGGCUCACCAAAUUCUGUGAGCCUUUCAAGGAGAUAAGAGAGACUUUGUCUCGCACAAGUGCAGAUGCAGCUGAUGGACAGAGCCUGGAUUGUAUAGGGUUUAGCAGCUGGUGCAAUUUUGGUCUUUAUGAAGUUGAUUUUGGGUGGGGAAAGCCGUCGUGGGUGUCAUGUGUUGGAGGAAAGAGGGGUGCAGAUGAGCCUGUGUACAUGAAUAUGGUGGUUUUAAUGGAUACAAGGUCGGGGGAUGGGGUUGAAGCCUGGAUUUAUCUAGAUGAGCAAGACAUUGCUAUAUUAGAGCAUGAUCCUCACUUCCUUGCUUUUGUUUCUUUAAACCCUAGUCCUCUUUCUGUUGCCAUCAAAACACCAUAG